UAUUUCGCAGCGAGUGAAUCUGAUGAUGAACGAGAUCUAAAACAAUACUACCAUGGUUAAGAAAGUAAAAUACACUCAGCUGAAAGCUAAGGAGAACUGGCUACUGCAUACGACAUCACAUCGCAAAAAACUCAAGGGCAAAAGUCGAGUUUCUUGUCCUAAAAGUUUAUCUCGUGAUACAACUGCAGUCUCUCGUCUUCGCGUUGAACCAUCUAAGAAAAGAAAUUUUUUAAGCUUUUUUCUUGACAUCGGAUUAAUCUCACGCCUUGGAAACGAUACUAUAGAACAAAAAGAAGUAUAUGAUUUAAGUCAAGCACGAAAAUGGAGGAUUUUUCGAUUGAAUUUAGUGAACAUUCCUGGAGUGAAAAUGGCGUCUAAUGCUGUGAGGAAUGGAGCUCAUUGUGUACGGUAUUGUGUUGAAAAAACAUGCAAUAGCAUUGAUGUUUUUAGAGAUUCACUCAAUGAAGGAGUAAAAAACAGCUUCCGAGGCAUCGAAUUUUGCAAAGAGAAAUUGAAGCAGACCACUGCAUUUAUGUUCCCUUGUCAAACAUUCAAGAGAAAGUUCGAUGAGCUGAAUGAUAGAAUCAGCGACCUUGAGAUGGAAAUCAAGAAAAUAAAGACCCUAUCAAAUUCCCAGGUUCAAUGUCAAAAUUGCCAAAGUGGUGAAGGAACUUGCAAAACAUUGGUGCCAAAUACAACACACAUUCCCCUUCCACCAGCACCACCACUGCCACCACCUCCUCCCCCACCACCAACUUUUGUUCUUCCACUGAAUAAGAAUCAAAAAAUAAAUGCCAUAAAAUCCAGCUCUAACACAAAAGAAAUUGAAAAAUCCCAGGUUAUAUCUCUGGAUGACAUCAAGUCAAUAAAGCUAAGGAAAAUUUCUGACAGGAAAAACAGUGCUAAAUGUAGAACACCUCAAGAAAAGCCAGAUUUGUCAAGAAAACCUUUGAGGGAAAUUUCCAAUGAUGACAGAACGAGUAUGAGUGCAAAGAAAAUGGAUGGCAAACCAUUGGUGACGCUGAAGGAUUUACAGGCAAUAAAGCUUAAGAAAAAGGCUGUAGACAAGGACGAAUUCACAUUUAAAUCUCCAGGGAACAUGUUGACUUUGCGCAGCAGCCUCCGGAAGGUGAACAUAAAGAGAAGCCCUGGCGGCACCCCAUUAGACAGGACUGUACAAGACACAGGUACUGGACUGACACCUAUUAUGACCAGGGCUCUCCAGAAGAAAUUUAAGCUUGCUAAUGCUUCUAUCUCUCCUGAUGAUUCACCUCCAACAAGAAGAAAAAAGAAGCUAUUUACUCUUUCACCACUAAAUUCAACACCUUCUCCUUUCUCCACAAUCAGUCCUCUUUCAAUAAGAUGAGAACAAUCAGUCCUCUUUCAGUGAAAUAAAACAGUACUUGUCAUAGCCACUUGAUCUAAACGUCAGAUUUAAAAUGCAUUAUUGCUAUUUUCAAAAUAAUUAUGCAAACUCAAUAGGUGCAAGUUGCCCAUUGGAUUAUGGUUUUUCGCUGCCAGCAGUCAAAAUUUAAAAGGUACCAACUAUUAUUUUUGAUUGACAGAAGUGAAAAAUCAAAAUUCAGUGCGUGCAGUUUGCAACUACUGAGUUUGCAAAAAAUAUUUAUAAAAAACAUGGAAGAUUGGUGAGUUCAAAAUUAUGGCUGACGUCACUAGCAGAAAUAAUGUCCUUUGUUCCCAUUAUACCAUCAUCUCGAAAACAAGCCAUACUUAAAAGAAAUAUUAUAGAAGGAUAUGAUAAUAAGCAUUUGAAACAGUAUUUUAGGAAAUGUGAUCAGGAAUGGUAAAGACAUCAAGCGAAAUAGAAGGGCAAUUUAAAUGUGAAGAUGAGAGGAUCUGGCUAUUAUCACAACUGUUUUGGAUUAAUCAUUUAUUGUAAAUCAUGCAUAAGGCAAUAAGGUUACUAUGAAUACCAAAUUAUUACUUUGAAAGCAUGCAACAUUUCAAAUAUUAAAUGAAUAAUUGUAA